AUGGCAAAUGGCGAGGCUUCCAAAAAGCUCGUCAGCGACUUCAAUUGCUUCUUCCCACCAUACCCGAAAUACCCUGGAGAAUCUCCCGUCAUAGUGUGCCAAUGCGAUAACCUUUUCAAUGCGGCCCUGUUCUGUUCUCUCUUACGAGGGUUCUACUGCGUAUGCAGUUCACCAUGCCUCAAACCGAAUCCUGCCAACGAGACUGUGGUGUACACCACAGUUCAAAGGGCUAUGAUUGCCUUUCUGGCCAGCGAAGCUCCUGGCAACUACACUCUUCAGCGCAGCAGUCUGCCCCUUCUAUUCUUCGCUAUUAGCACCAAGAUCCGUAUGUGUGACUCGAACAUCAAUUUCUGGAAAUCGUCAGCACGAGUGAUCUGGACCCUCCUCCCAUCCAACGUCGCGGGCCGCACCAAGAAAUCCAGCACCGGCACCGUCCUCUUCAUCGCCUAUUGCCGCGGCAACUGUAUCGGCGCCUAG